AUGCCGGCACAAAAACGAGGUCGAUCCAACGACGGAGCGGGAAGCUCGCAGCGCAACGGCGGCGGGCCAUCUGCGACUGUCUACCGCAAGUCGGUUAAGAAGCAACGUUCGGAUCAGCAGCAGGAAGCAGCCCAACCAGCCAAGAAGCCGGUUCCACAACGAACACGUUCCAAGGACGAUCCCAAGCCCAAGACCAAGCACGAGUUCAUCCAAGCCAAGAAAGCCGCCGCGCUCAAGGAGAAAGAGGCCGCUGUUGCCGCACGUCGAGCUGAAGAGGUCGCUGAAAAGCAGCUGCGCAAGAAGCAAACUCAGAAACAGCAGCAGCAAAAGGGCAAAGGUGUUUCUGCAAACGGAGCCGAAGCAGCACAAGCACCGACGAUCCUCAUCAAAGCGCCCCAGCCCACUUCGUCGUUCAAGAUCGUAGCAGGUUCAUAUGAGCGUCUCCUCUACGGUCUCGAAGCAACGGUCGAGCCCGCCUCGGCUUCAGCCAGCUCUUCGUCAGCAUUCAACGUCUCGCUUAAACCCAUCUUUACGUUCCCCGCGCACAUCUCGUCAAUUCGUACGGUAGCCACGGCAGGAGCCGAUUCCAAGUGGCUCGCCACUGGUGGCACGGACGAGAUCGUCAAGGUGUGGGAUCUGCGCAAGCGACGCGAGGUCGGACAGCUGACGGGUCACGAAGGCACAAUCACUUCGCUGGUAUUUGCAUCGCGCACCUACCUGCUCACCACGAGCGCGGAUUCGCACAUCAACCUGUACCGCACGCGCGACUGGGCGCUGCUGCGCACGCUCAAGGGCCACAUUGGACGCAUCAACAGCGCCGCGCCGCAUCCGACGGGUCGGCUCGCGCUGAGUGUGGGCUCGGAUCGCACGAUCCGCAUGUGGGAUCUGAUGCGUGGGCAGGCCGCUGCGUCGACGCGCAUCGGCAUCGAGGCGGAUCUGGUCAGGUGGGACACGCUGGGAUCGAGGUUUGUCGUGCUCGCGUACCGCCAGGCUAUGAUCUUCGGCACGGAUAUGAGCAAAGUCGCGGAACUCGAGGAGAAGCGUCGCAUUGGCGAUGUAUGCUUCUUCCGUGUCGAGGAUGCCGAGGGCAAAGAGCACGAGCUGUUGUUUGCCGGGCUGGAGGACGGGAUUGUCAAAGUGUUUGACCUCGAUGCCAGUGUUACAGAGGAAGCGAAGGAUGCAUCCGCGGGAAAGAGCCAGAAGGGCAAGGAUGGCGAGGAGGAGGACAAGGAAUCGAAUGAGGAGGACGACGAGGAAGAGGAAGACGACCUGACCCCGCUCGUCGAAGUCGGACGAUUGGUGGGGCACAAGAAUCGUGUGCGCUCUGUCGCGGUGCUUCCCGUCUUGGUCUCUUCGUCGAAAGGCAAAGGAAAGGCAUCAGCACGAUCGUACGUGGCCAUCACCAUCUCGUCAGACGGCUUCAUCCGCACAUUCGAUCUGGGCAGCAUCGUCAACAGGCUCUCGUCGACCGAACACACUCUGGCGCAGUACGCCGAACAGGUGAUCUCCGUGGAAAGCAACGCGCAGUUCGACACCAAGGGAACGCGUCUCACGUGCCUGACUGCGGUCGGUGUUGCUGGAGCUGCCAACGGAGCUGCAGACCACGACGAACAGGAGGACGCGGAUGUUCUCGGUAGCGCCGAGGAGGACGAGGAAGAGAGCGACGUGGACGUGGAAGCCGAAGACGAGGAGCUCAAGGCGCUAGAACGAGCGCUCAAGGAUGCUCAAGAGAAAGGCUUGGAUCUGGAUGACCUCGAAGGCUUGCUCGACAGUGACGAUGACGACGACGAGGAAGUCAGCGAUGAUGACGAAGUGGUCGAAGACGAGGAAGAGGACGAAGACGAAGGCGAACUCGAGUAA